UGGUACAUCCCACUACAUUUGUCAGAAAACCUAUAUUUUCCUUUCAGAAUCUACAUUUUCUAUGAGACACAAUACUACAAUAUAUUCCCACAAAUGUGGGCCAUUGAUUGGAAACAAGAUUUGUUAAUUAGCACAAACAAAAAAGUGAUUUUCCUAACAAAUCCAUUUAAACCCAUGUUGUAAAGAUGAUUACACCCCAAUUAUCCUAGGAGAAAAAACCCCCAGUCAGGACCACAAAAUUCUAAUUAACAUGUGUCCAACCACAGGUGGGUCUAAUGAUUCAUGUAAGAGGUGUCCAGCAGACAGGUGACUAUAAAAAGGGCAUCACUUAACAGAGUAAAGCCCUUCCCUUUUCAUGCUGACAGCCAUGGCUCCACAUGGAAGAGAAAUGACACAAAAUCUGAGAAAGGAAAUCAUUUCUUUACACAAAGGGUGAGGGCUACAAGAAGUUCAGCAAAGCUUUACAUGUCAGUCAGAAUAUUUUAGCAAAAGUCAGAUCCCAGAAUAUUGGACCAGUGCAGGAAGAAACAUCUCUAAUAAAGCUAAAUGAGGAAGUAAAUCAGGAGGUUAAUCAGCAUUUGUUUCAUCAUGUUUCAGGAUGAUGUGACUCCCAUUGUCGUCCCAUUUCUAAAUUGCAUUGUGGGUAGCGUGUGUGUGUCACAUUGUGUGCUGAUCAGAGAGGCUGUGGGUCAUGUGUGUUUUACAAAGAGUCCUAUCUAUUUCCUGCGUGAUAACUCAAAUGCCCCACAAACACCAACAUGAUGUUGACUGUUCAGCACAGUUCCCCUUUUCCCCAGUCCUGCAGCACUUCCUUAGUUUUUGACAACUGAAAAUGAAGUCUGUCAUUGAACAAGUAGCUCUGACUCUCAGGAAGCGAGCAGACUCUCUCAGACAGUUCCUAACAUCUCUCCUGACCUACCUCUGGGAUGUUUACUCCAAACCCACUCCUUUCGGGAGAGAAAUCCUGGCACUGCUGUCUCUCUGUUUGGUGUUUGCCAUCGUUAGUGGCAGCCUGCUGCACCACUGGCUGUCAAAGACUCUGAGAUAUGACCACAUAGCAUCUGUUCAGACCACCUGCUUUUACAGUGUGACCAUGUUCCUGGUCUCCUUCCUGUUCCACCCCCUGCGGUGCGUGCUGACGAUGAUCCUUCCCACAGUGUGCACCAAGCAGGGACGCAAACUCCUCAUCUCAGCCUCCAUCAUGAUCCUGGUGCUGAACGUCAUCCCUAACAUCAGCGUAAACGUGGGGGCGGUGGUACGCAUCCUGAAGUGCACUGCUGAGGGUUUCACAAGGACUCUGUUGAACUCAUCUGAGCCCUUCAAUGAAGCUAAGAAGGACCUUGUAGAGGAAGCCAUUAAAGUGAGGAGAGAAGACCUGAGCAUUGUCACCAAUCUGAGGACUUUGGAUCAUGUCACACAGGUUGAUGUGUCACAAGUCAAACGCACAUUUGCUAAUGUGAUUGGUCAGAUAGAGGCUGACUUCUCCCACGCUAGAAAGCUGCUGAAAGAGUACAAGCUGCUGUCAAACCGGAUCCUUGCAGCUGUGUUUGUAGCGUUGCUGAUUGCAGAGUCUGCGUGCUACCUCAAAUCCUACCUCACAUUAGUGCAGUUUGAUAACAGCUUCGUCUCCAAAGCCCUCCAGCAGAAAGCUUCUCAUGAUAGUAAAAAAAUCAAUGUCUGCAAAAUCACAAGCCAGGAAUGUGGCUCUUGUUUUGUGUCGCUGGUUGUGGUAACUUUAUACUUCGUAGCAAUAGCUGUGAUGGUUGUUUUGGAUUACGUUGUCUACCAUUUAGUCCAGAUGAUUAUGCCGUGGAUGCAGGACUUCCCUCCAACAACUGCUACCAUUAGCGUUAAAUAUGAGGUGAAGUGGUUCCCUCCUGCGUUCUGCAUCAUCCCACAAGCAUGCGUCACACGGGAGCUGACUAAGUUCCACAGAGAUUAUGGGUGGACCUUCUACCCUGAGCCAUCCCUCUGUGAUGCGAAGACCUCUUCCCCCAACCUGGGGAUCACGCUCCUGCUGGGAGGUCUCUGGCUGAUGAGCUACUUCAUGGUGUUCCUGGAGGUUUAUGCCAGGCGGCUCCGCAGAAGAAUCUGCGCCUCAUUUUUCAGGGAACAGGAGGAACGAAGAAGGGAGUACUUGACAAAGAAAGUAUGGAAGAAGCAAAUAAAAAGGAGUGAGAAAAGACUUGUUACUAUCUGUGCUUUAGAGCACCAAUGAUGGGACAACCAGUGGGAACUGAAACACUGAGAUCUGAGAUGAUCCCAGAACUCAAGGUGGGUUUAAAGAUCUUUGCUGACGGGGAUAUUUCUUUUGCAAUUCCUGUAGAAAAACUGUUGUUAUAAAUAAAAGGAGCACAAUAACAAAA